CUUUUGGAUUCAAAUCCACUUGGAGGCUUUUAUUUUAUUUUUAAUUUGUACAGUUGUUUUUUUAACCUGAAAAAUGUGUUCUGGUGGUUGCGCAAAGUGCUUGGGCAUUACCCUUAUACCACUAGCCGUUCUGUGUUUGCUGGCUAAUAUAUUAUUAUUUUUCCCUGGAGGAAAAGUUGCUGAUAAAAAUGAACAUAUCUCAGAUGAAGUCUGGUACUUUGGAGGAAUAGUGGGCUCUGGAGUUCUGAUGAUUUUUCCAGCACUGGUGUUUCUGGGUCUAAAGAACAAUGACUGCUGUGGCUGCUGUGGCAAUGAGAGCUGUGGGAAAAGGUUUGCUAUGUUCACCUCUAUAAUAUUUGCUGCCAUUGGCUUUGUUGGAGCAGGCUACAGCUUUAUUGUUUCAGCAGUUGCCAUUAAUAAGGGACCAAAAUGUCAAAUUCUCAGUGGAGAAUUUGUAUAUCCAUUCAAUAGCGGAGACUACUUGGGAAACACGACUAUCUGGAAUGUUUGUCAAGGACCUGGUGAUAUUGUGACAUGGAAUUUGACUCUCUUCUGCUUGCUCCUAAUAAUGAGCGGUGUUCAAGCCGUACUCUGCGCCAUUCAAGCUAUCAACGGACUCAUAGGAACAAUCUGUGGGGACUGCAAAUGCUGUGGAUGUUGUGGGGGUGACGGUCCUGUUUAACACUACUCCAAUUCUCAGUAAAUCCGACAGCAGUCUCUUCAUCAAGUAUGGAGAAGAUUUCUGUGCAGGAAUCCAGUACCUCCAAUGAACACUAUGCCAGGAAGAUUAAGGAUGAUGGACAUUCAGCUCUGACUAAAUCUUCAGUCAUUUAUACAGACUGUUUAACUAUCCAAUUACUGCAGCACUGCAGAUCGUGCCACCUUGUUUGCGCAUUAAAGUCAUUCCUUUUUUCCAUCAGUAAUAACUGAACAACUUGGUUCCAUUUAACUCCAGCAUGUCGGCCAGUUCCAGUGCAUGUAUUAUUGCAUCCCAGUUUGGUGAGAGGGAACGUGCCUCGCAAUGCUGCUUUUAGAACGGAUAAUAUUUAUUGUUUCACUUUUAUACUUCCCAAGGUUUACCUUAUUGAAGUAAAUUGCCCAGCAUAGGGCAGCAAUGGCUGGAGUUUCAAACCAUUGCUUUACCAGAAAUUGCUCUGGAAACAUUAUAAGCAUGUCCAAAUUGCAGAUAUAAUGUCAGCCCCACGGAUUAAACGCUAUCAAUUCGCAUAUUUUUUUGAUUGGCUUAUUCCCUGAAAAAUACAUUUUAACACUCAAAUGUGUUUUUAAAAAUAUGCCUGAAAGAAGCAACAUUAUUUAUGUAUGCAAAUAAUAUAUGAUCAAUAAAGAAAUGUUUUUUCCA